AUGAGUAUUCAAAUGACAUUAGUUUUUGGUCUUAUGACCGCUGAGAUGGCUUAUUUACUAGUCUUGCUAUUACCAUUACCAUUCGCAAUUAGAAAGAAGAUACUUCAGCUUUCUGAAAUGGUUAAAUCGUCUCAGAGAUUUAAAGUAACCCUAAUAUUUUUCACCAUAUUGUUAGGAAUGCAGUUCAUGGACUGCUUGAAUAGAUUAAAAAAAUUAGAAUUCCAAAGAAAUCCUUAUUUUACUCAAGACUAUCAACCGCAAAGAAUUUCAUAUGAUCAAUUAGCUUCCAAAUUCUAUUCACAAAGAAAUUUGUAUAUUACUGGUGCAGUGUUGUAUUUGGAGUUAUCAAUAUUUACGGUCAUGAAAGUAUUCAAAAAAAUAGUCUUAAAAGAAGAAUCAUUUAGGUCAUUGCUGUCAAAAGUGCCACCAAAAGAAGAUGAAGAGGUUGAAAAAUACAAAUCUUUGAUAAAGAAGAAGCAGCUUGAUAUUGAUACAUUUAGGAAACAAAUAGAAGGAUUACAAGCUUCUUAUGAUGAUCUCAAUAAAAAUGAAUCUGAAUACGACAAAAAGACAGAAUAA